AUGCCUGUUUCUUUGGGGUGGAGGCCGUUGUCGCGAUCCGGGAAAAUCUUAGUCGUCCUUGCCGGCAUAUCCAUGAUAAUUACCUUGGGCACUCUGAGAGAGAGGAUCCCAUCAAUAUCCAAGCCGAUCGUCUCUCACCAUGACACGGCGACCAGCUCACCAAGCCCAACACCCCCGUCACCAGCUACCACAGAGCCGCCGGCAGCCAAACCCAAGCCGAAAUAUGCUUUCGCAACAAUCAUUACCGGCGAAGGCGACGUCGAGUCCGACGUCAAGGACGCCUAUUUCACGGCAACGCGGCUACUUACUUACCAGCUUCUCUACGGCCCCCAGACCAAAUCACGCGCCGGUAAUAUUCCCUUCCUCGUCUUGGUUACGAAGGACGUUCCCCAGGAGCAACGAGAUCGACUUGUGAAAGAUGGUGCCACAGUGAUUCCGGCAGAAAGCCUUGCACGAGAGUGGAUCCAUCCCAAAUGGAGUCGCUGGAUCGACGUCCUCGCCAAGCUGAACUUGUGGAGGCAGACGGAAUACGAAAAGAUCACGUUUAUGGACGCCGAUACCAUCGUUCUCCAACCUCUGGACGACAUUUUCACAGACAAUACUACUGCUCUCCAACAAUCCAUACCCCCUCGAGAGGGUCUGGGCAACAGCGUGGACAAUGACUUUCCGCUGCCUGAAGCGUACCUGCUCUCUGGUAUCCACGAUCGCUGGGUGGAACAGGCUCUUCCACCCGUGCCAGAAAACGAUUUCUACGCGGCAGAUAAUUAUAUAAAUGCGGGUUUCUUCGUCCUUUCGCCCUCCGAAACGCUGUUCAACUAUUACGUACACCUUCUUGACACGGCAGACCGAUUCGAUGCCACCUAUCCUGAGCAGAAUCUUCUUAACUGUGCCCAUCGAGUCGAUGGCAGGAUACCGUGGAGGGAGCUGGGGCCUGGGUGGAACCAGAAACCACUGUUUGCCACCAUGGAUGAUCUCAAAAACUUCAAAUCUCUGCACCAGAAGUGGUGGCGCCCGAUCUCCGACAAGGGGGUCGAAUCAUAUUUCCGCAAUGUGAUCCAGGAGAUGGAAACCUUUUUCCAUGACAGAGGCAAUCUUGCGAUUUGA